CAUUGUGGUUAAACAUGCACUCAUCCUUGUCUCUGCUCUGCCUUCUCCUCCUGCCGCCUCUCCCUCACACAGGUGCAUCUGACCAAGGUAUCAUAGGAGGGAAGAAUGCCAAGUCACACUCCCGUCCCUACAUGGCUUCCCUGCAGGACUCUCUCGGAACGCACUUCUGUGGAGGGUUUCUCAUUCGGGAGGACUUUGUCUUCACUGCAGCACACUGUUUAAAAGAAAACGAAAAAAUCCACGUUGUGCUGGGAACCAACAAUAUUAAAAGGAAUUCAAAGUCCAGACAGAAAAUAAAAGUAAAAAAAUGUUAUCCGCAUCCUGAACAUUCAAAAAACAAGUACGACUUUGACGUUAUGCUCUGUAAGCUUGAGAGGAAUGCAACGCUUAAUAAGGAUGUCAAGGUGAUCGAGUUGCCAAAUAAGGGGGAAAAGGUCCCAGAUGAAACCCAGUGCCUCGCAUGCGGAUGGGGGCAGAGCAAGCCAAAGACCUCAGCUAUGAAAAACCUGCAGGAGGUCUUUCUCAAGAUCCAGAACAGCAAACAAUGUGCAAAGUACUGGACCUCAUAUUUUGUCCCAGAGAGAAUGCUGUGCACCCACUUCAAUGGAAAGAAGGGUAUUUGCCAGGGAGACUCAGGGGGUCCACUUGUUUGCAUGAACAAAGCACACGGAAUAGCUGCCUUUACUGCAACACCAUGCAGUGAAAUUUAUCCAAAUGUUUUCAUGAAGACUUCUGCUUUUGUCCCAUGGAUAAAGGAUACAAUGAAAAAAUGACCUGUUCUAUUCUGAAAAUCCGAAUGAGUAUAUCCCAAAAUGUUACCUUACAUAGCUUUCUGCUCAUGCCUCUGUAAAAUGCUUUUAUUGUAACUGUUAUUCAGCUCU